CAGCCAAUGAGAGAGCCUGUUACUAGUCUGCGUGCUGCGGAGUAGGGGAACCGCUUUAGGCCCUGAAGCUCUACACCGAACGUGUUAGCAGGCUGGUGUUAGCAGGAUGAGCUCAAUUGGCACCGGGUAUGACCUGUCAGCCUCUACAUUUUCUCCUGAUGGAAGAGUUUUUCAAGUUGAAUAUGCUAUGAAGGCUGUGGAAAAUAGUAGUACAGCUAUUGGAAUCAGAUGUAAAGAUGGCGUUGUCUUUGGGGUAGAAAAAUUAGUCCUUUCCAAACUUUAUGAGGAAGGUUCCAACAAACGACUUUUUAAUGUUGAUCGGCAUGUUGGAAUGGCAGUAGCCGGUUUGUUGGCAGAUGCUCGUUCUUUAGCAGACAUUGCAAGAGAAGAAGCUUCCAACUUUAGGUCUAACUUUGGCUAUGACAUUCCACUAAAACAUCUUGCAGACAGAGUGGCCAUGUAUGUACAUGCAUAUACACUCUACAGUGCUGUUAGACCUUUUGGCUGCAGUUUCAUGUUAGGGUCUUACACUGUGAAUGACGGUGCACAACUCUACAUGAUUGACCCAUCAGGUGUUUCAUAUGGUUAUUGGGGCUGUGCUAUUGGCAAAGCCAGGCAAGCUGCAAAGACAGAAAUAGAAAAGCUUCAGAUGAAAGAAAUGACGUGUCGUGACGUUGUUAAAGAAGUUGCAAAAAUAAUUUAUAUAGUGCAUGAUGAAGUUAAGGAUAAAGCUUUUGAACUGGAGCUCAGCUGGGUUGGUGAAAUAACUAAAGGAAGACAUGAAAUUGUUCCAAAAGAUAUAAGGGAAGAGGCGGAGAAAUAUGCUAAGGAAUCUUUGAAGGAAGAAGAUGAAUCAGAUGAUGACAAUAUGUAACAUUUACUUCAGCAUUUAUUUUAAAUUUCUAAUACAGUCCCCAUGUAACUAUUUUGCCUCUUGGAUUAUUACAUACCCACUGACCAAUUUUCAUUAAAUUUUUGUCUUGUAA